ACGUAGAACAAGGAAAUCCUUUUUCCAACUUGAAGUAAAUUCGAUCAUCUUCGAAGUAAGUUCUCUUGAUUAUUCGAUGGGAAUCUAUUGGUCGAUAAGAAGCAGAACGCGCUUUGGAAUCACGGUGCCUGUGCCCCUCAUCGUGCAGCUCGCCGAGACGGGCGUCAGCAGAAAGUUACCCCGCACUAGCGACCAUCGGCUGGCACUGGGUAUAUGUGGACUUGAUACAUCCACAUAAUCAUCAGUUUCAUCUCACUACCUCUCGCGGUGACAAGUAUUCGGUUGACCAUAAGAUUUAUCGGUUCCGUAUCUCAAAUAAGUCACUUCCAAGCUUCAUAUCUCGAUCUUGCUACACAACUAUGGCAGCUCCUACUUCAUCACAAACUCUACCCAACGGUCUACGCGACGUUCAGAGACUCAUCACUGAUCACAAUUCAGAGGGAAAAGCCAUCUUCUCGAAGGAUAUCCCCUCGACAUCAUCCUGGCAAGAGAUAUCUCCUGCAUUCAGCUUCUUCCUUGGGUACACGACCAAAGGCUUCCCAGUCGAUCUUAACGCGUCCAAAGCUGGCGAAUUGCCAGCCGAUGUCCAAAAGUACGAGAUCGACCUGAAAAGUCCUCCGGGCGGACUAAGCCUCGGAAACGGUACUGUUCUCCGCUUCGUCGACUUUGCGCCGGAUAAAGAGGCGUAUAUGCAUAGGACCGAGUCGAUUGAUUAUGGUGUCGUCCUCGAAGGCUCGCUUGAGCUGCUUCUUGAUUCGGGCGAGACUAGGAUCAUGAAUAGAGGAGAUGUUUGCGUGCAGAGAGCUACCAUGCAUGCGUGGAAGAACGUAACUGAGAACGGUGGAUGGGCACGGAUGAUAUUCGUUCUCAUUUCUUCGGAGAAGGUGGUAGUUGGUGGGCAGGAAUUGGGCGAGGACUUGCCAGGUAAAAUUGGAGACAAGGAUGCAACGAAUUAGUGAAAUGUUCAAGUCCAAAGUAUAUGAACCAAUUCUUGCUCGGGCGACAAAGAACAUGAGAGCAUUUGAAACAGAUUUUAACAUCGAAAUGAAUGCACUUGUUGUUGUCUGCGUGUUCUCCU